AUGAUUGACAAGAAGUUGGCGUUCCCUGUUAUUCAGAAAGAAGUAAGAAGAUUGUGGAAGAAUAUGGGUUUGGAAGAGGUAUUCAUGAACAGCAAAGGUUUUUUCUUCUUUAAAUUCAGUGAUGAAAUGGGGAUGUUAUCUGUUUUGGAGGGUAGUCCUUGGUUAAUGUUUAAUAAUAUGCCUUUAUUUCUUCAACGAUGGAGGCCUGGUUUGACAUUAACUAAGAACAAGCAUGAUAAAAUUCCUGUUUGGAUUAAAAUAUUUGAUUUGCCCUUGGAAGUUUGGAGUGGUGAAAACUUAUGUAGAAUUGCUAGUAAGAUAGGUAUUCCUUUGGCUUUUGAUUCCUUUACUGAGGAUAUGUGUUUGGAACAUAAAGGAAGGAAUGCUUAUGCUAGAAUUCUUGUUGAAAUGGCAGCUGGGAAGGAAUGGAGAAAGAAGAAUGAUAUUGCUACUUGGGAUUUUGUUUCUAAUUCUGCUGUGAUUCAAAGUUUUGAUGUUGAAUAUGCUUGGAUUCCUUCUAGAUGUAAUCAUUGCAAAGUCUAUGGGCAUGUAGAUAAAGUUUGUGCUGCUGCUAUGAAUGUUGUGAAGGAGGAUAAUAAUGAAGAAGUGAGAAAUCUAAAGAAUAAUAAAGGGAAGGAAGUUGUUAAUGGGGAUGGUUUCACAGAAGUUAAAUAUAAAAAGGUUAUGGGUAACAUUGAUGGUGAAGGCACUAGUAAAUCUCAAGUGGGCAAUAAUGGGAGCAGAGGUGGAAAUGGUAAAGGGCAAAAUUGGAAUUGGAGUAAUAAAGGAGUAAGUCACUGGAAUUUAGAAAAGAAUAGAAAUUAUGAGAAGUUUGUUAAUGGGAAAGAUGAUAUAGGAAAUCGGGGGUUGAAGGAGAAUAAUAAGCAGCAGGUUGUAGUGGAAAAGGAUAACAAGACAGAGAUGGGCAAUGUUAGUAUUGGUAGUGAGAAUAAAACAGGGGAGGGAUUAAGUAAUAAAAACAGCUUUGGAAUUUUGGGAGAGAUUGAAGAGGAAGUAUUGGAUAAAAUGGAAGAGGAUGAUAAGAUUAUGAAGACUGUUGCUAAUCAAAAUGUUGAUAGUGGUGAAGGUGAAAUGGGUUCUAAUGAAAGCAAGAAUAAUAAAUUGAUGUCUUCAAUCAAGGGAGAGGGGAAGAAGAAAGGAAAUGAAAGUAAUAAAGUGAAUAAAGAUAAGUUGGAGGCGGAUAAUAAUAGCAGUAAGUUGGGGAGUUCUCAGGCAUUUGAGGAGGUAAAUGCCAAAAAUUCUUUUUUUUCCCAAUGA